AACGCACUCCGACCACUGAGCGGCGCUAGUGUCACUAAGCUGCAAACUGUGCCGCAGAAGAAGAUGGUCCGCUGACAAGAGAAGAACUCCUCGUAUUCGAAAAUGAUUCUUACAGUGAAACCGCUUCAGGGGAAAGAAUGUAGUGUACAGGUGACUGAAGAUGAAAAGGUCUCUACUGUAAAGCAACUUGUGUCUGAACGCCUGAACAUACCAGCAAACCAGCAGCGGUUGCUCUACAAGGGAAAGGCGCUUGCAGAUGAGCAUAGGCUGAGUGAUUACUCCAUUGGACCCGAGGCUAAAUUGAAUCUGGUAAUCCGUCCUGUGGGAGAGAGGACUGGAGGUUCAGGGACAACUGCCAGCAGCAGCAGUAACAGCAGCAGCAGCACACAUGGAGGAGUGUGGCAGAUGGUGUCCACGAUUCUUGCUAGACACUUUAGUCCAGCAGAUGCAGCCAAGGUCCAUGAACAACUUAUUAAGGACUAUGAACGUUCACUUCGACAGCUUAGUCUCGACGACAUUGAACGUUUAGCGGGAAGGCUUCUUCACCCAGAUAGUGACGGAAUGGACACCUCAUACAUAGACUAAGACUCCUUUUUUUUAUGUUUUCAAGAGGCAAUUGUUGCCAGAAGAUGCAUACAGUGUUUAGAAUGUGAGGCAUGGAAAAUACGGUGUGAGUUGUGUUACUCUGAGCCCCUGAUGUGUGCCUAAUGGAUGGAUAAUGAACAUGGAAAAUAUUGACUGUUUAUUAUCUCAGCAAAGAUAACCAUAACCCAAUUUCUUAUCUAUGACUUAAGGGCUUGGAUAAGAAAACUGUCCGCUUUGAAAUGGUUCUUGUCAUUAAUGUUAUAGCAGUAGCACAAGACCUGAUCACACCAUAUUUGAAUACAAAGAAGUCCAUUUAUGCUGUUGGUUUCACAUUGUUUCUGGCUGCUACAACUCCCAGGGGACACUAAAUACUACUGGAGGGUAUUUAUUAGUAAUGUCUGCUUUUAGGUUAACCAUCUGUGGCAAUUCAUGUAUUUCCCUUAAGUAACGGAUUGCUGUUGUAUGAUUUGUAAAUAUGUUUAUAUACAUAUAUAUACAAACAUUAAAGCACAGAAAAUAAA